UAUGUAUAUGUGUAUAGUUACUUUGGUUAUUUAAAAUGGGAAAGGAUAAAGUUAAUUUAUAUUUCUUGAAUAAAUGAACAUUGAAUUCAAAGCACAGCUGAAUAAAUAGCCGAUUACAUUCUGUAUAUGCACCAAACAGAUAACACCUUGAUGACAGGUGAUUUAUUUUCAGCAUGAUAUAUAUUUAUACUGUAUUUGGGACAGCGCUUGAUAUAAAGAUAGCCUUUGGGGCGUAUGUCAGGUGGUCACCCUUUGGGGGUAGUUCUACACAUGUGUAUGACCAGUAUUUUAUUAGCUCUUGGGCCAAAUUUGUCAUCAUAGAGCCUAAGAUGCCAGCAUUGCUCUCAGGCUGUCAUUAUUUUAUUACACCUGAGAUGCCAACAUUAUCUGCAGGGAACAUAUUAUGAGUGUAUGUGGAUUCUAUUUUUCACAGUUAUUUUGAUUGACUUAAAUUGUAUUUAUUCAGCUGACUUAUUUAUAUGGUACUAUUAAGUACCUAAACCUUAUCUUUUCCCCUUUGUUAUUUAUUUAUCCGCUCACUGAGUAUGUUGUACUCACCCUUAUACUUUUACUAUUUCAGUUCCUUUUUGGUGAUCCGCUCAGUCUUUCCUUCCACAUUGUCCACUCAGAGUCUAGAGGAGGACAAUGCCGCCCAGAGUAGGUACUAGAAAUCGGGGCCGUGGCGUUCGUACAGCUAGAUUAGCUGAUAUUGGUCGACCUCAUAGGGAUCCUAUAGUUACACCUCCACCUCUAGAAGGGGUGGCAGAUCAUGAUUUAUCUGAGAGCAGAGAAGGACAGGGAGAUUCUGUUUCUCAUGGUGUUGAAUCAGGGGCAUAUUCGACUGCACCAUCAUUUCCUUCAGCACUUGCAGUUGCACCUCCUGUCGCACCUGCAGCUCCACCUUUUGUUCCACCUGUAGCACCAGCCCAUCCUUUUCAGAUAAAUGCAGACCUGGGUGCUUUUGUGGCACAAGUUGUUACAGUAGCUGUUACAGCCAAACCUAGAGAUCCGUGGGAGAUAGUGGAUCGUACUAGAUGUUUGGGAGCUUAUGAUUUUGAGGGUUCUUCUGAUGCUGACAUUGCAGAUAAAUGGUUAAAGAAAGUGCUAAAAGUGUUUGAAUUAAUGAAGUUGACUGAUGCAGAUAAAGUAGAUAAUAUACAUGGAUUGCUUCAGGGUAAAGCUGAUGGUUGGUUUGAUGGCAUUCGUCGCAGACAUAGAGUCAGACUGACUUGGGAUCAAUUUAUAUAUGAAUUUCGCCAGGAGUAUUUUUCAGAAAGUUACAGGAAGGGGAAACAGGAUGCCUUUUUCAGGUUGUUUCAAGGAAGCCUCUCAAUAAGAGAGUAUGUUGACAAGUUUGAAGACCUCUAUUGCUUUGUUUCAGACAUACUGCCUUCUGAGAAAGCUAAAUGUGACAGAUUCAGACAGGGUCUACAUGUUAAUAUCAGAUCAUCUAUGACCUGGUUCAGAGGUAAUAAUUUCAGAGAGUUGGUGGAAGCAGCUUUGAAUGUUGAGAAAGUUAAGCAAGAAGAAAAAGAGUAUGAGCAGAGGAUGAGUAGAAAACAUAUGCAGGGUUCACAGGGGUUCAGAGAAAGACCAGCUAAGAGAGGGAGCAGUUCAUUUCAGUCCCAAGCGGGAUACAGAGGUAGUGGUAGAGGUUCUUUUGUUAACACAGAGCAGCAGGUUGCUCGACCACAAUCUAGUCAGAGUUCAGUAGCACAACCAGUGGGUAGUUCCUUUGGGGCACAGACACGUGGGCAAGGAUAUAAUUCUGGGUUUGAGCAAAGGAAGAGACAUUUUCCUCAAUGUGCCACCUGUGGUAAAUAUCAUGCUGGGGAGUGCAGAAAAUUCGAUAGGGGUUGUUUUGAAUGUGGCUCUUCGGGGCAUUUUAAGAAAGAUUGUCCAUUGCUGAUAGCCAAAGACAGUGGUUCUCAGCAAGGGUCAGUGGCAUCUCAGAAUCUAAAGUAUGGUAUGACACCAUCACAGGGAGUACCCACGGCACAAGUUGGACCAAGUACAAGCAAAGCCAGUGGAGCUACUUCAUCUUCUCAGCCUAGACCAAUGAUGCAACCUGGCAGACCUCGCACUCAAGCCAGAGUUUUUGCUAUGACACAGCAGGAGGCACGAGCAUCUCCAGAGGUGGUGACUGGUAUGUUAACUAUUUUUAAUAAAGAUGCGUACAUUCUUAUAGAUCCUGGUUCCACUCACUCUUUCAUAUCUCAAUCCUUCUCUGAGCAUGCUAAUAGAGAAUUAAAACCCUUAGACUGUGGAUUAGUUGGGAUUCUGUAG